AAAGCACUAAGCCGUACAGUCACAGAGGGAACACAGAGCCUAAGAGCGUGAAGGGACAGAGGGGAGAGUGGGAAGAGAAGCUUGCCACUGGAAGAGGGGAGACAGGUGGGGCAGAGGUGCCCAGGACCAUGGCUGAGUCUGUCACCUAUGCAGACCUGCGGUUUGUGAAGGCUCCCCUGAAGAAGAGAAUUUCCAGCCAGUUAGGACAGGACCCAGAGGCUGACGACGAUGGGGAACUUACCUAUGAGAAUGUACAAGUGCCCUCAAUCUCAGGAGGGGCCUUGAACUUGGCCUCUUCUGGAUUAGGGGACAAAGCUGGAGUUCAGUCCGAGCCGCCAACUGCGUUCCGGAGCUCCGCGACGUCAGCAGCAGCCGGGCGGCUUUCAGGCUGCCGUUCAGCCUGCUCGAAAUACCUCCUUCUGGGCCUGCUCCUCACCUGCCUGCUGUUAGGGAUGACUGCCAUCUCCCUGGGAGUGCGCUAUCUGCAGGUGUCUCGGCAGCUCCAGCACGCCAACAGGGUUCUGGAAGCCACUAACAGCAGUCUGAGGCAGCAGCUCCGCCUAAAGGUCACCGAGCUGGGGCAAAAGGAACAGGAUCUGCAGGGGUCCAGGAGGAAGCUGGCCCAGAGUCAGGAAGCACUACAGGUGGAACAGAGAGAUACCCAGGCUGUCAAGGAGCAGUUUCAGGGCUGCCUGUCCAGCUGGGAGGGGACAAAGGAGGCCUUGAGACAUGAGGAAGAACAGAGGAGGACCUCGGAGGAGAGGUUGAACCGCAUGCGGGACACAGUGAAGCCCUUCUUCACAUGCCCCUCACAAGACACCUGCUGUCCUGUGGGAUGGAAACCGAUAGAGAAGAAUUGCUUUCAUUUCUCACUUAUUAACAGAAGCUGGGAGGAGAGCCAAACCUAUUGUACAUCUCUGUCCUCCAAACUGGUCACUGCUGGGCCCAAUGAUCAUUAUUAUUAUUAUCGUCCAAAUACUUAUAACAGCCGCAUAUAUAAGGUGUUGAAAGAUGAUGAUUGGUCUCAUUCUUAUUGGAUUGACUACCUGUGGGAGACGAAGCAGGGGAUUAAUGGUAAAAGAUCCUAUGGAUGUUGGAGGGCAAAUAGAUAUCGGAUAGAAUCCAAAGAGUGUUCUUCUCCUCAACCCUGCAUCUGUGAGAGGGAAGCUUUUAGGUAUCCAGAUUAGCACUGUGCUGAUCCUCAUGUCAACAAGAGCCUGCGCCUCUCAUCCCUAACCUGCUGCCACAGGUCCUGUGAUUAUCUCCCUCCAGUGUCCCCUCAAUUUGCUUGGACAGUGCCUGGCCAAGGGCUGAUCUAUGCCCAACACUCCUAAGCAGCCUGCUGCCUGCUUGAAAUCCUGUCCCAGAAACUGGACUAUUCCUGGGGGAAGGGUGCAGGACACUCUAGAAGAGAUUUUGGCCUCCCGAGAACCUCCCAUAGUGGAAUGGUGGGGCUGGGGAGGGCGCAUGGGCUGAGUGGAUAGGGGCAGCCCGGAGCCAGCCAGGCAGUUUUAUUGAAAUAUUUUUUAAAUAAU